AUGUCGAACACAGUGAAGCCCCCCACAGCCAUCCUGUUCGACAUCGGCGGUGUAGUUGUCAUCAGUCCGUUCCAAGCAAUUCUCGACUACGAAAUCGAAAACAAAAUUCCCAUCGGUUACAUCAACUACGCGAUCCAAAAAGGUCCACACGAUACAGGCGCAUGGCAGCUAAUUGAGCGCGGUGAGGUCGAACUCAAUGACGACUGGUUCGCAUCGUUCAAGAAACAACUCACGAAGCCGGAGGUGUGGUCCGAAUAUCUACAAAAGCAGGUCAAGGAUGGCGCAACAGGUCUGGGGCAGCCGAUUGAAGGUGGGAAGAUUGAUGGCCAUGGCAAGGGAGUGCCAGACAUCGACGCGAAGCGGCUAUUCUGGCGCAUGAUGAAGAUAAGCAGAGCGCCAGACCCAUAUAUGUACCCAGCACUCAGAAAGCUCAAGGAGAGUGGUCGAUUUGUCCUUGGAGCAUUCAGCAACAAUGUCACGUUCCCUGAGGGUAUCUUGGACGAGGAAGGGCAACUCUUCACGAAGGACCUUAUGCAUGCGCCCCCGCCAAAUCCAUACGCAAAUGACUCGAAGGAUGUGACAACCAACUUUGACAUCUUCCUUGGCUCAGCAGCUGUUGGCGUGCGGAAGCCCGACCCAGAGGCGUAUAAGCUUUCAGUAAGAGAGAUGGACAAGAUUGCACAGAAGAAAGGCUUGGGUAGAGUGACAGCUGAAGAUACGCUGUUCUUAGAUGACAUUGGCAUCAAUCUCAAGUUUGCGAAGAAGACCGGGUUGCGCACGAUCAAAGUCAAUCUUGGAAGGACAAGAGAUGCCGUGCAAGAGCUAGAAAAGCAAGUAGGGUUUUCUUUAUUGGACGACAAAGCUAAACUGUAG